GCGCAAAUGGCGGCGACGCCGGGUCCCCCGUUACGUGUCUGUGUGGGCGCGUGUUCGUACAAAAGCCGACGGAGCGUAAUUGAGGACAGGCCUUCUUCCUUGCUUCCCGCCACCACACGACUGUCUUUUUUUCUCGCCCUUCUCUUCACUCACGACGGUGCCGGCACCAGCUCUGACCCUUACGACCCUGUUAUCACGACACUUCCCCUCCCUCUAGACGACUCCCUCCACUGCUAGACGCUACUUACAGACAUGUCUGCCUUCCGUUCUUACAUCUUCUACGGCCUGAACGUCGUCCGCGCGCUCAGCAUCAUCUCGCUGCUGCUCGUAUUCAUCAGCUGCAUCAUCACGAUCGUGAACAAUGUCAAGGCGGUCAACUACUACAUGGCCCACCGGACAAAGGAGGACGAGCAGGUGGAUUGCGACUACAUCGAGAAUAGCACUGUGCCUAACCAGGCCGCUGGUGUCUUCUGGGCUGUCGUCUCUUCCCUCCUGAUCCUCUUCCAGAGUGUUGUCCUCAUGAUGUCCGAGCUCAGCUGGCCCAUGACCUUCUUCGACACCUACUUCCCCGUCCUUGGCUCCAACUUUGGCACCGGCGCGCUCGGCAUCUUCCAGUGCUUCAUCGGCGCGCAGAUCCUCAGCCACCACGUCGACGACUUCACGCUCGUCGCCGCCUUCUUCCUCUUCUCCGUCUCCUGCCUGAACAUGAUCCUCGGCCUCAUCUUCCGCGCCUCCGGCAAGCACCAGCGCUCCAUCCGCGCCUACCGCAACCAGGAGCCGGACCCCUUCGCCGACCCCAAGGACCCGCGCCCGCCCUUCACCAUGGCGUCCCCCUCGUACGUGAAGAGCAUGUUCACGGGCUCGACCGCGGUCGCGCCGGAGAAGGAGGAGAAGAAGAUGGAGUUCGGCGAGAAGGCCGGGUUCGGGUUCGGCCGCCAGGGCGAGAAGAAGGCGGGGCUCAAGGGCUUCCUGCUCUCGCGCCCCGAGGAGACGCUCCCGCGCUACGCGAGCCCCGUCCCGGCGUCCGCGCCGCGCAUCAUCGGCUUCCCGACGCAGGGCCGCACGCUCAGCCCGCCGCGCAAGGGAUCCAUCCAGACGACGUCGAGCUUCUGCUCCCCGGGCACGCGCCCGUCGAGCACCGCGUCGUCCCUUGGGCCCGAGCCGACGGGCGCCGAGCGCGACAGCCAGGCGUACUCCUCGCCCUCGCGCUACUCCCGCUCUGUGUACUCCCGCGCGCCGUCGCCUGGUCCGGACCCGCGCACGUACGAGCCGUUCCCUGCGGACCUGCGCGUACCGCCGCACUUCAAGUCCAGCAACCAGGCUAUCUGAGACCUCUUUGAGAGAGGGCUUUUUGCAUGUCUGUUACGCUUCCGCGUCACGCCGUCUACGAAUCACACGCCGCGCCCCGUAGCUAGCCUACGGUGGCCCCUGGACAGUGCUAUCACAUCCUAUCCUACCAGACACCGCCGUGUAUGAUCUGGACUAUCUCGGCGCAUUGUAGCACUAGUCUUUAUUCGCCUUCGGGUGGCACUUAUCUGGUCUCUCACGACCUGUAUUGUAUCCCUAAGUAAUGGUUUCCGAGUCAAUGAAGAGAUCAAAAGAGAUCCAUGGG